AUGGGUCGUAUACACAAUCCGGGCAAGGGCAUCUCGCAGUCAGCGGUGCCGUAUCGCCGCUCAGUGCCCACGUGGCUGAAGCUCACCAGUGAAGAUGUGCAGGAACAGAUCACUCGACUCGCAAAGAAGGGCUUGCGUCCAUCGCAGAUUGGCGUAAUAUUGCGUGAUUCGCAUGGCGUUGCUCAGGUCCGUCGUGUUACUGGCAACAAAAUUGUGCGCAUUCUUAAAGCAAAGGGGAUGGCACCGGAAAUCCCUGAAGAUCUGUAUCAUUUGAUCAAGAAAGCCGUGAAUAUCCGCAAGCACUUGGAACGGAAUCGCAAGGAUAAAGACUCAAAGUAUCGGUUGAUUUUGGUUGAAUCACGAAUUCAUCGAUUGGCACGUUAUUACAAAAUCAAGCGUCAGUUGCCGGCAACAUGGAAGUACGAGUCAUCCACUGCAUCUGCGCUUGUCUCCUAG